GAAGAUGAAGAAGAAAAAGGAAAAAUCCAAAAUCCAAAAUGUCCAUGUUGAAUCCCCUCCCUCACAUCACAGCCUCUUUCCAUUCACUUUCCUUUUUCAUCUAUCUUCCCUUUCCUUCCAUACACACAUCUUUCUCUUUUAUCAUCAAACAAACUCUUAUGACUCAUUGCUUUCUACUUCACUUUCACUCCUUCCUUCCUAAUUACUAAUUAUUAUCAUUCUUUACACUCUCAUGGCCUCCAAUUUCAACCAAUCAGGAUUAGCUCAAAGUCAAAGAGAUUUGGAAAAAGGAACCAUGACUCCAACAAACAACCCACUUUCUGAAAUAUCGCCGUCGCCAUCUCCGUCGUCUGCGACGGCGCCGGCUCUAGUGCUUUCAAACUCAGGGAAACGGAUCGAUCAAGCAGGGAAGAAGAAGUACGUGAAACAAGUAACGGGUCGUCACAACGACACGGAACUUCAUCUUGCUGCUCAAAGGGGUGAUGUUGGUGCUGUGAGACAGAUCCUUGUUGAUAUCGAUUCUCAGAUAAUGGAUACUUUGAGUGGUGAAGAUUAUGAUCUUAGUACUGAGAUUGCUGAGGUUCGUGCUUGUGUUGUUAAUGAAGAGAAUGAACUUGGUGAAACAGCUUUGUUCACUGCUGCUGAAAAGGGUCACCUUGAUGUUGUUAAGGAAUUGUUGAAACAUUCAACACUUCAAACUGUUUCUAAAAAGAAUCGAUCUGGUUUUGAUCCUUUGCAUAUUGCUGCUAGUCAAGGCCACCAUGCCAUUGUUCAGGUUUUACUAGAUUAUGACGCAAGCUUAAGCAAAACCAUUGGUCCAUCCAAUGCCACUCCACUUAUAACUGCAGCGACGAGAGGGCACGUCGAAGUGGUAAACGAACUGCUGUCAAAGGAUGGAAGCUUGUUGGAAAUAGCUAGAUCCAAUGGCAAGAACGCAUUGCAUUUAGCUGCUCGUCAGGGUCAUAUAGAAAUUGUAAAUGCCUUGCUCAGCAAAGACCCGCAAUUGGCUCGGAGGACUGACAAGAAAGGGCAAACUGCUUUGCAUAUGGCUGUAAAAGGACAGAGCUGUGACGUGGUGAAAUUGCUUCUUGAAGCAGAUGCUGCUAUUGUUAUGCUUCCCGACAAAUUCGGUAACACAGCAUUACACGUGGCAACCAGGAAAAAGCGAGUUGAGAUAGUGAAUGAGUUGUUACUUCUGCCAGACACCAACGUAAAUGCAUUAACGCGAGACCACAAAACAGCCCUGGACAUUGCUGAAAAUCUUCCUCUCUCUGAAGAGUCAUCGGAUAUAAAGGAUGUCCUUUCUCGGUACGGGGCACUUAGAGCUAACGAGCUCAACCAACCGAGGGAUGAACUGAGGAAAACCGUUACACAAAUUAAGAAAGAUGUUCACACCCAGCUUGAACAAACCAAGAGAACCAACAAAAAUGUUCAUAACAUUUCCAAAGAGCUAAGGAAACUCCACAGGGAAGGAAUUAACAAUGCCACAAACUCCGUGACAGUUGUGGCCGUGUUGUUUGCUACGGUUGCAUUUGCCGCUAUAUUCACCGUUCCUGGUGGGGAUAACGACGAUGGUUCAGGAGUGGUAGCAAGUUAUCCUGCUUUUAAAAUUUUCUUCAUAUUCAACGCCAUUGCGCUUUUUACAUCUUUGGCUGUUGUGGUUGUUCAAAUUACACUGGUUAGAGGUGAAACUAAAGCAGAGAAAAGGGUGGUUGUGGUGAUUAACAAGCUGAUGUGGUUGGCUUCUGUAUGCACAUCGGUGGCAUUUAUCGCCUCUUCUUACAUAGUCGUCGGUCGGAAAAACGAGUGGGCAGCAAUUCUAGUUACGGUAGUUGGAGGAGUGAUAAUAUCCGGAGUUAUCGGCACUAUGACUUACUAUGUAGUGAGGUCCAAGAGAACAAGAUCAAUGAGGAAGAAAGAGAAGCAGCAAGCCAGGAGAAGCGGAUCCAACUCAUGGCAUCAUUCUGAGUUCUCAAAUUCCGAGGUUGAUCGAAUUUAUGCGCUUUGAGUUUGAACUUGCAAAACUUUGUCGAUAGUGAAGACCAAAUUAUGUUGUGUAAAAGAUAACAGUUGUUGAGUUUUCUCAUUCACAUUAUUAACUCUUGAUGAGUUGAGUUAGAAACUCUUUACACUGUACAUAGUACAGACACAGUUAUCCUCUAAGUUGGUGUUGUUGUAGGAUCAUAACAAAUUGGAAUGAAGGCUUGCUUGAUCACUGUUGAGUGACAAAUUGGAAUGCAUGGGCCAUAAUGGCCCAAAGGCAUAAGAUAAGGCCUAUGAAUAAGCCUUCUUCACUUCCUAUAUAAGGAGUAUGACUAAUCUUAUUUUGGGUAACUCGCUUUUUCCAACUCAUUUAUGAUAUUAUGUCACCAACUUUA